GAAUUUCAUUCCGUUCAUUACAUUUUUGCACUUGUUUUUUUGGAAACCUAUUUUUCAUGUGCAUCAACCUUUGCCGGGGAUAGAAGGGUCAUUGUCAAACAUUCGGCGAAGGCCGGAGUACACAAAACCAUCAACUCACGAUUAGGUUUGGAGGGUUCCUGGAAGGGAUAUGAUUCAUCAAACGAUAACGAGUGUGCAACGCAACAUUAAUAGGAAAGGGUUCUGUGUUUUUUUUUGAUUAAGUAAACUCAUUUGCGUCACCCGCUUUUUUGUGACGAGGAGAACGGUCUUUCGUGAGUCUGUGGCUCUAAACUUCCCAAGUAUCGGUGCGUCCUUGAAAGCUGAAACUCUCGUGUGGGGACAGCACGAAAAGCAAGCUUUGAAGAAAGCAUCAAUGAAUUAGAGCGAGAGCAACAGUACUUGGCCGAUGGUGGUUGUGUUGGCUCCGAAUGGGGGAGGUGAUGUGCGGGCAGAAUAAAGUUGAAUCAAAAGAAACGCGAGGCAUUUAUUUCGCAUUGGAGUAGAAGAAGAAACCAUUCAAUGUCAUGAAAGCGACAGUAGGUACGACAGUGUGUGAUUGUGCUGAUGAUUUAAAGCAAGGUGUUUUUAGUGUUUGUUGUUAGUGUAUUGUGCCGCGCCGUGUGCUAGAGAGAGAGAGAGUGUGUGUGCGGUGUGUGCUGCGCGUACCUGUGCGUACGGUUUCGUGCAGGUGUUGCGGUGGUGGUGGUGGUGGUGGUGGUAGUGGGUUGCGCAGGGUUUAGACACAUUACCCUUCGCAAACUGCUCAUUGCAUCCCAAAGUCCCCCCCGCUCCCCAAAACCAACUCUCUGAGGCUGAGGGUUUCCGGAGCUGCUGCAGCAUAGCGACGACGGACGCGCGCGCGGUCCAACGCACACUUUCUAUCUCGGACGGAAAACGGGAUCAUCAUCAGUGAGAAACCAUGUCGGACAAAAUCAGAGUAGCCGUGCGGGUUCGCCCCUUCAACCGGCGAGAACUCGAACUGGCCACAGAAAACGUGAUAGAAAUGAAUGGUACACAGACGAUUUUGAAAUAUCCUGCCAGCCUAGAUAAAAUGGAAAGGAAGCCGCCGAAGAUCUUCGCUUUCGAUCACUGCUUCUACUCGACCGAUGCGAACGCGAACAACUUUGCGUCACAGGAGCUGGUCUUCAACAACAUCGGUCGGGACAUACUGGAGAACGCGUUCCAGGGCUACAAUGCGUGCAUCUUCGCGUACGGCCAGACCGGCUCGGGCAAAUCGUACACGAUGAUGGGCAGCCAGGACAGCAAGGGCAUCAUACCGCGGCUGUGCGACGAGCUGUUCGCCUCGAUCGCCGCCAAGCAGACGGACGAGCUGAACUACAAGGUGGAGGUCUCGUACAUGGAGAUCUACAACGAGAAGGUGCACGAUCUGCUCGAUCCAAAGACGGCCAAACAGUCGCUGAAGGUGCGCGAGCACAACGUGCUCGGACCGUACGUCGAUGGACUGUCGCAGCUGGCAGUUACGUCCUUUCUGGACAUCGAUAACCUGAUGGCAGAGGGCAACAAAUCGCGUACGGUUGCAGCAACGAACAUGAACUCGGAAUCGUCCCGGUCGCAUGCAGUGUUCACCGUUGUGCUGACGCAGACACUAAUCGACACGCUGUCCGGGGUUACCGGCGAGAAGGUGUCGCGCGUGUCGCUGGUCGAUCUGGCCGGUAGCGAGCGGGCGGUGAAAACUGGCGCCGUCGGCGACCGGCUGAAGGAGGGCUCAAACAUCAACAAAAGUCUUACCACGCUCGGUCUGGUGAUAUCGAAGCUGGCCGACAGUACGGGCGGCAAGAACAAGGACAAGUUUGUGCCGUACCGCGACUCGGUGCUAACGUGGCUGCUGAAGGACAAUCUCGGCGGCAACUCGAGGACGGUGAUGUUGGCCACACUGUCACCGGCGGCGGACAAUUACGAGGAGACGCUGUCCACGCUCCGGUACGCGGAUCGGGCGAAGCGAAUCGUCAACCACGCGGUGGUGAACGAAGAUCCGAACGCGCGCAUCAUCCGCGAGCUGCGCAAAGAGGUGGAAACGCUGCGCGAGAUGCUGAAGCACGCCACGGGCAGCAACUUUGGCGACAUGAAGCGCGUCGACAUUCACGAUAAGCUAGCAGAGAGCGAGAACCUGAUGAAGCAGAUUUCGCAGACGUGGGAGGAGAAGCUGGAGAAGACGGAACAGAUCCAAAGCGAGCGACAGCAGGCGCUGGAGAAGAUGGGCAUUAGCGUGCAGGACAGUGGCAUCAAGGUGGAGAAGAACAAGUACUAUCUGGUCAAUCUGAACGCGGAUCCGUCGCUGAACGAGCUGCUGGUGUACUACCUGAAGGAGGAAACGCUGAUCGGUGGCCGCAGCAGCAGUGGCAGCAAGCAGCCCGACAUUCAGCUCCUCGGGCUCGGCAUCCAGCCGGAGCACUGUCUCAUCACGAUCGAGGACGGCGAGCUGUACAUGGAUCCGAUCGAGAAUGCGCGCUGCUACGUGAACGGAUCGGUCGUGAGCGACAAAAUGGCGCUGCACCAUGGCGAUCGUAUCCUGUGGGGCAACCAUCACUUUUUCCGCGUCAACUGUCCAAAGUCGGCCACAAACAGCACGGCACUGGGUGCCUCGGAACCGCAGACACCGGCACAGCACAUGGAUUACUACUACGCGCAGGAAGAGCUGAUGCAGAACGAGCUGAGCAACAAUCCGAUUCAGGCGGCUAUCUCGCGGCUCGAGAAGCAGCACGAGGAGGACAAGCAGGUGGCGCUGGAGAAGCAGCGGCAGGAGUACGAGAAGCAGUUCCAGCAGCUGCGCAACAUCCUGUCGCCGACGACUCCCUACGCACCGUACGCACCGUACGAUCCGUUCCGGCUGGGCAAGCUGCCACCGAACACGCCGACGGCGCAGCUGCGCGUCGAGAAGUGGGCGCAGGAGCGGGACGAGAUGUUCAAACGAUCGCUGGGCCAGCUGAAAACGGACAUCGUGCGGGCGAACGCGCUCGUGCAGGAAGCCAACGUGCUAGCGGAGGAGAUGGACAAGCAGACCAAGUUCAGCGUUACGCUGCAGAUUCCGCCGGCCAAUCUCAGCCCGAACCGGAAGCGCGGUGCGUUCGUGAGCGAACCGGCCAUUCUGGUGCGGCGUAUGAACUCGGGCAGCCAGAUCUGGAGCAUGGAGAAGCUCGAGAACAAGCUGAUCGACAUGCGCGACAUGUACCAGGACUACAAGGAGCGCCACCAGGCCGCGAUGGAGGAGGCGAAGGCAAAGUCGGAUCCGUUCUACGAGUCGCAGGAAAACCACAACCUGAUCGGUGUGGCAAACAUCUUUCUGGAGGUGCUGUUCCACGACGUGAAGCUGGACUACCACACGCCGAUCAUCAGCCAGCAGGGUGAGGUGGCGGGCCGGCUGCAGGUGGAGAUAAGCCGCGUGGCCGGCACCUUCCCGCAGGAUCGUAUGUGCGAGUCGGCCUCCGAGAGCUCGGCGGACAGCCACGAGGACGAUGAGGACUCGCCGGACACGCCAUCACCGCCGCCGCCCACCAACAGCAAUCAGAUCAGCUGCCGUAUCAGCAUCAAGCAAGCGUCCGGGCUGCCGCUCUACCUGUCCAACUUUGUGUUCUGCCAGUACUCUUUCUGGAACCACGAGGUGGCGGUAGUGCCGGCGACCAAUCAGGAGGUAGCCGGCCACAACCAAAACAUAACGUUCAAGUUCGACCACGAAGCGGACUACAUCGUGACGAUGAACGAGGAGUUCCUCGAACACUGCUCGGACGGUGCGCUCUCGAUCGAGGUGUGGGGACAUCGAUCGGUCGGAUUCUCCCGCAUGAAGGACUGGGAGGUGGAGCAGCAACAGGCCAAGGCCCGCUCGCUGGCCGACCGUUGGGCGGAGCUGUCGCGUAAGAUCGAGCUGUGGGUGGAGAUCCACGAGCUGAACGACAAUGGUGACUGGGCGCCGGUAGAAGUACAGUGCGCCCGGGACAUGCUGACUGGCGGCGUGUACCAGCUGCGGCAAGGGUUUCAGCGGCGCGUGAUGGUGCGUGUGAAGCCGGUGCAAAACUCUGGCACCCUGCCGAUCAUCUGCCAGUCGAUCAUCAACGUAUCGAUGGGAUGCGUAACCGUCCGCUCGAAGCUGCAAAAACCGAUGGACUCGUACCAGGAGGAAGAUCUGACCGUGCUGCGAGACAAGUGGAGCGAAGCGCUCGGACGCCGACGGCAGUAUCUGGACCAGCAGAUCCAGCGAUUGAUCAACAAGGACGACAAGACGGAACAGGAGAAGGAACGCGAGCAGAGCCUGGUGAACCAGUGGGUCUCGCUGACAGAGGAGCGAAAUGCCGUACUGGUUCCGGCUCCCGGGUCCGGCAUUCCGGGGGCACCCGCUUCCUGGGAUCCACCGCUCGGCAUGGAACCGCACGUUCCUGUCCUGUUCCUCGAUCUCAACGCGGAUGAUCUGUCGACGCAAGGCCUCUCGAACGAUGAGGUUCCGAUGGCCGGGCUGAACUCCAUCCUGCCGAAAGAGCAUGGCAACAAGUUCUACAACUUGCAGAUAAUCCAGCACCUGGACAAGGACAUUUGUGCUAUUUGCAGCUGGGACUCGUCCAUCCACGAUUGUGCGGCAUUGAACCGUAUCACGGAAGCAAACGAGCGCGUCUAUCUGAUACUGAAGACGACCGUACGACUUUCGCAUCCGGCGCCAAUGGACCUGGUGCUGCGCAAGCGACUGGCCCUGAACAUUUACAAGCGCCAGAGCUUCACCGAUCGGCUGAAGAAGCUGCGCAUCGGACGGGCGGAGUCACUGUCGCUGCAGUCGGGCGUAACGUACGAAGUGGUGUCCAACAUUCCGAAGGCAUCGGAGGAGCUGGAAGAUCGCGAGUCGCUCGCACAAAUAGCCGCCACCGGGGACGAUUGUUCGGCAAGCGAUGGUGAAACCUACAUCGAAAAAUAUACCAAAGGAGUAUCGGCCGUGGAGAGCAUUCUGACGCUUGAUCGGCUACGACAGAGCGUUGCGGUGAAGGAGCUGGAGCAGGUCCGCGGACCGGCACUUUCUAUGCGCAAGACGGCCAGUGUGCCGAACUUCUCACAGAUGCGAUUCUUCGAUGCCUCGUUCGAAUCGUUGUUGAGCAUUGGACGUUCGGAAUCGUACGCUGACUUGAAGAUGGGUCUUAACAAUGCGCAAAGCACCCGCGAAACAGCGAACAGCAGGCAAAAGAUGAAGAACAACAACGGCGAGGAAUCGUCCAGUUCGGGUUACGGUGCAGCGUCCCCGGCCGCCAGUAAGUUGGCUCAACGGAUGACGACACUACACGAGGAGCCGCUUAUCAAGCAGAUUUGCUACGAGGAAGAGGGUGAAGACCACUUCAGCGAGCCGGACUAUCCCGAAUACAACGAUUUCUACGAACAGCCGAUGGGCAAGAAGCCGUCGCUGUCGAAGAUGAAAUCAUCGUACACGGUUGAAUCGUUCAUUGACAUCGACAAGCGCAGUCAAUCGGCCGGCGGUGAAGGCAUGAACUCGGCUGGUGGAAAGUUUGCAAGCAAGACGAAGGCAGAGUCAGCAUCGAUGGGUGGAAUCUCGUCGGCGCCAGUCUCUGGCGGCAGUGCAGGUGGCCCUGGAGCGAAAUAUCAAACCAUGACACCUAGCAUGAGCUCGUCCACCUCAAGCGGUUACGGAUCGCAGGCCGUAUCGUGCAGUAACCUCACCAACGAUGACACCUAUUCCAUCCGAUCAAUGAGCGUCGGAGAAACGCCAGAUACUAUGUCACCGUCCAACAAAAUGCAAGAACAAAUCAUGUCUACUAGCAGCAGCACCAAUGCCAAAUCGGAGGAGGAAUCAGUGACCUCUCCGACGACCUCAACGACCGCUUCUGAGCACACGCUGAUGGCGGAAAGCAUGGACAGCUAUAGCAGCAGUCCCACGACGCGGGCCCCGCUCGGUGAAAUGCCGAAGCGUGUCAACCCAUUCCUGAAGGAUGCCAAUAUCGAAGCAUUUGACGAUAGCAGUGCCCAACUCGACGCUGCUAAAGAUGAGCAGCCGCAGCAGCAAGCAUCGGAGGAGGACGAAGGACUCGGCGGCGAACAGAGUCAGUCCGAAUCGACGACGACAAUGAGCGACUCCACGCAGAUGGUUGAUGAAAGCGAAGAAAGCGAUCAUAGCUCAGCUAACACCAAACACUCCUCAGAUGUGAUGGAAAGCAGCUUCUCCUCGACACCGGGCAAGCAGGAGAUCAUCCCGGAUUGGGUUGUUGUGGGCGAGUCCGUGCUAAUAAGACCGUAUAACACCAGCGGAGUGAUAGCGUUCGUUGGCGCUACACAUUUCCAGGGAGGAACUUGGAUUGGGGUGGAGCUGGACACGCCUACCGGCAAAAAUGACGGUACUGUGCAAGGCAUCCAGUACUUCGAUUGCCGCCCAAAGCACGGAAUUUUCGUGCGCGUCGAUAAACUGAUCCUGGACAAGCGUGGCCGAGCGAUGCGCGAGCUGAAAAAGGCAGAAAAGAUGAAAGCGGAACUUGCUGGUGGCAAGGGAGGACAAAGGCCACUGACCGGCGGCACCGGAACGGCAACGAAUGGACCACGCAAAUGAUACGCGUUCAAUCGUGGUCUCAGCAGCGCUCAGUGUUCGUCGAGGCCGUUCACGGGCCGGAAGCGGUUUGUGCCGAAAUCUGCCUCCGUUGCAGCAUUUAACCGCGGUAAGUAAAGGACAUCUCGCGUACAGUACACAGUCGGGUUGCCGGUGGCGCAAGGAAGCGGAAACGCCAGAGGGACGGAGAGCUGGGAAAAGCCCAGUACAGCGAUUUUUGCAAUCUUCAUACGCUCGUCAGCUUAUUCAGCCCAUCAGUACCUUCGGAAUGGCAGAAUCGCAGGAAGAAUUGCAAAGAGUCAUUUGAACGGAACGUGUGGGGGGUUACACAGCCACAGGCCCGACGAUGCAGAAUCCAUCCCUUCUAUCAUGAAGUUUGCUUGAUAUUUUGAUGAGAUGCUUUUUUCCUAUACAUUGACGUAGAACUAGAAGCUCGCGACCGAGUAGCAGUGACCGAUAGAGGCACUAGAGGCACUAGAGACAUACGCAUUAAUAGAGUCAUGCCGCGAACGCUCUUCUACCGCUCUAGAUAGUGAAUGGGAUACUACUACUCACCAUCAUGGCCAAUCUGGCACGAUACGUGUGGGGAAGAGGGGGGAUGUUGGGGUCAUACAGUAAGCUGUAUGAUGCUACCUCCCUUCCUCCUCAUUAUCGUGCGAUGGUAGAGGGUGCAAAAUUAAGGUAAUCUUAUCAAAUUACAUACAUUUUACAACUACUCAUACCAUUAUCAAAAAAGAUGUGCGAUAAACCGGCCGACCGGUGGAAGUAAAGUGAAGGAUAGUAUCUAGUUUUACACGUCACGCUGGCGAAGUAGUAGAGUGAGCGUACGGCGGCCGAGUCAGUAGGCAAAAUGAAUCGAGCGUUUCUCACACAUGUCCAUUUCUUACACAUGUCGUUUUGCAUAAAUGCAUCUGUAUGUUAGUUGCUGCACCUUGGUGUGAUCACACAAAAGUACCAGCCAAAAAACGAAACAAAAACACACACACAAUACAAGACAGGCAAAGUACUCAUACGAAACCGUUGAACCGAGUUGCUUGCCGAUCUCACAGCUCGCGCGGAAACUGAAGUUGUUUGUUUGAACCGCAAGCGUUUACGCCUUUCGAUAGGCAUUUUCGAACUGUUUGAACCCGAUUCCAUCCCGCUUUCGAUAGAAAACUAAAAAAGUUGAAACACAAUCUCUACACGUUUUUCGUCCGUUCAAUGUGAAGCUGUCGCUGAAGUGGGAGAAGUAGAAAGCAGUCGCCGAGGAGGAGGACGAGGAGGUAGUAAAACAAAGCAAAAGCUAACGUACCAUUUCCUGAGUGUAGUACAUUUUCUAUAUAUUAUGUUAGUGGGAAAAGAAGUAGAGCACAGGGGGGUUCUAGCAGUUUGCAGUUUGUUAGGCACGAGAAAAGGGGAAUCGAUGGGCGAACGACUCGUGAGCAAUUUUCUGUCCGUGUUGGCACGAAAGUGCGGGACGCGCAAAACCAAUCCAUUCCAAUUUGCAAUAAAAGCGAUUCCUUCCGUUGCAGUGAGUGUGCCCGUGGAAGUAACGGGCCGCUCGUUGAACACACACACACAUACACGCAAAGUAGGGCGCUAGAAGACAAGCCAGCACACCAACACGUCCAACAGUAGGCAACGCUAGUAUUCAUCCCCUGUGCGCUGGUGUUCCAUCCGAUUCCGAAGCGAUUUAGAAAGCUCGUAUCAAAUCAGUCCAUUCCGUUUCGAGUAUUGACAGCAGAUUAGUGUUGUGUGAGUGUAUCUGUAUAUCUGUAUGUGUGUGUGUAUGUUGAAGGUAGAGCAUCCAUUCAUUCGAUCAGCGUAGGGGGAGAGCAGCACUGUUAGUCUCAGGUCACACAAACCCAUCUGCACAGUAGAGAACUAUUCACUUUGAUCAGCAACUGCUAGGGUUUGAACUGUGCGGGGAAGCAUAUCCAGUGCUGCACAAACACACACACGCACAUUUCUCGUUAGAUCGAACGUAGCAGGGGAAGAUGAUCGAAAAACGAUUGCUUUGGUGGCUAGGGUAACACUGGCCCUACAGUGCUUAGCUCAACCGAAAGCGUCAAAACCGAAGCAGGCGAGGUACAAGAUGGUUGUUUGUUGUUUAGUAUUAUUUGCUAGUGGCUGUGGCAAGCUUUCCAGCAAGAAGCGGCCUAAAGCAUGCCCAAAAGCAUGUCGAAAUUAGCAACUAAGAACGAGCGAAAGUGAUAGAGAAGUAAGGACGAACGAACGAGGAGUGUGUGUGUGUAUGUGUGUGUGAGCCAGUGCUGUUUAUGUUUUCCCGCACUCCAACUCCAGGCCGAAGGAGAUACGCAAGAAGGUACUGAAAGUAUGUUGGCAAUUAUGAUACAUUCGUAGAAGGACAAAACGUUUAGGUCUAGAUAAAGUCAUACAAUGGAACACCAGUGAAACUUGUUGAUAGGCGUCUGUGCAAGAAGAUGAACAGCAAUUUGUCGGAAAACGGAAAGGCGCAUACAUGUUGUUGGGUAGAUAGAAUAGUAGAUUGCAAUAAUGGAGAAAACACUCUGUCCCGUGCGAUGACCUACGAUGUCGUGGUCCCCGUUGGCCUGUAGCAUGUGUAGGCAAACCAAGCAAACCACAGCAAUGGCGGAGCAUUGGAUAAAUAGUCCCUCAAAUAGUGAUUUAGUACGACAUUGCUCACACGUAUUACAUAAUAGAGAUAACGUAGAACAACCACCAGGGCAGGCAAACAAGAAAGCACCAUCUCUCUCACCAAGGGCUAGCGUGUUGAGGGUACGAUUUCGGUUACAUUUCAUUCUCUAAUUACUAUUAUCGUGGCAUAUCGUUUGUGCAUCCUUUUCCACUGUAGGCAGCAAUGCAGCUAACGCUAUAGAAAGCAACACAAGCAAACAAACACAGACACACCAAGACUCAAUGCGGAAACGUAACAGCAAUAUUUGAUUAUAGGAUGAUAGGGCUGCGCUUCAUGUUAGAAAGAGAGAGAGAGCGAGAUAGAGCGGGUGAAACAGGGUUUCGGUCACAGUAGUAGGCCAUCCCCGUCGAAAGAGGUGAUUUUAACUUGUAACUAGCGGAAAAGGUUAUUGUGAUUUAGUUGUUUAAGUUAGACAAGAGCAAAUUUUGUGUUUUUGUGUGCUGUUCGCUCAAAUGACUUUUUGGCUUUUGUUUUAAGCGUGCUUUAUGAAUGAAACGUCAUAUCCUAAUCGAGAGAAAGAGAGAGUUAUGUUUAGCUUACAAUUCGUUUGUUCAUAUCGUUUACAACAAUUACAACACACAACUCUCUACACAUCCUCUCACAUGUUAUCUACCACGGUCACCGGCUUUAUCAACCCCCCCGUCGGCGUGCCAGUAGAAGCUUAGGGAAGGUUACGGGGUGGCAAAGACAAAUGGGGACGCGUGCAUCCACUGAGUAUUUGAGUUAAUUUGUUAUUGCUACACGACGCUCUGUUUAGUAUAAAAUGUGUUGCAAAUGCUAAUCGAUUUGUGUGAUUUUAAGCUUAUCGUUUGGGAGGGUUUUGUUUCGUUCCUUUUUCCUGUAAAGAACAACGAGAUGUAGGAUGGGAAGAUGCUUUAGUUAGGAGGAACCGCCCGGAAGAAACGAACACUGUUAUGUACAUAGCUGACAACGGAACUAUAUGGCUUUUUUUGUGUGUGUCUGCGUUAAGAUCGGCAUAAUUCAUAUCAUUUAUUAAGCCCCCUUCCUCCCCUUGCGGAUGCUGCUGCCGAAGCACCGUUUGUGUAUAUUUAUUUUUAAUAUAUCUUUAUGUUAUGUUUGUCGUGUGCAUUCCUCUUCUGCCCUGUAAUACUAGUAGAAGAUGAUCCGAUUCCCCCCUCCCUAUCCAUUACUCUUCUCUACAUCUUACCAGCGAUAAUAGAACGAUCGUGCUUCGAUGUGUGUCCAAUGUUAUACUAGAGGAAGGGAAAGAGAGAGAGAGUGAGUGAGGCGCAAAUUCGUUUCAGAUCGUAUUUCACACAAUCAUUGUUAAAUAGCGUUAGGACAACGAGUGGUAGUACACACAAGAGGUGGAUUAGUCCUAAUUGUCUUACUCUAUAGUACUAGCCUAGUGCAUUCCUUGCCCUCUCCUUAACUCCCUCCUGAACUAUCUCCACCUUUCCGACUUUAUCUAGCCCGAGAGGGGGGAGAUCAUGAAUGUGAAAAAAGAAAAAGAAAACAUCUUUCCUGUGUAAUAAAUAAAGCUGUAUAGUAAUAAUGAUGACUUAGUAGGGGAGAGCGCUUCUAGUAGUAGUAGAUCCGUGUGACCCACGGUGGUUGUUGUUGCAAUAAAGAUAUGACCGUUGUGACAGAAA